UCUCUCAUUUUCAUCUCUCUCUCUCUCUCUCUCUCUCUCUCUUUCCUUUUUGUGUGUUCGUGCAGCCAUGUCUACUACUGCUAUUAUGCCCAUGGAUUCAGACCUCGUACCUGCAAAGAAAGGAAGGAGUAAAAGAGCAGCGAAGCCCAAAAACUCAUCGGAAAAUGACGCCAAUAUCAACAUCUCCCAUGCUCCUUCACCAUCAGCAGUGUGUGACGCCACUACUGUUGCUGAGAUGCAGGUGGACACUGACUCUGUUCCUUCCAAGAAAGGAAGGAACCGAAGGGCCUUGAAGCCGAAGAACGCAACGGCAAAUGAGGCCAACAUCUUAGCGGGAAAGAUCUCUCAAGCUUCUCCUUCCCCCUUACCACCGCUCCAAGAUGCUGAGAAGGAGAAUCAUGAAACCCUUUCCCUGCCUCGCUCGCCCAAGAAAACCAAAGCUGCUUCAAAGAAGAAAGAGUCCAAGAUGUCUUUCGAGAAAGAGUUGGAAGAACUGCAAGGGAAACUUGAACAGAUGCGCCUUGAAAAGGAGAAGACUGAACAACUCCUAAAGGCUCGAGAUGACAUGUUGAAGCAAAAACAAGAAGAACUGGAAAAUCGUGGCAAGGAGCAGGAGAAACUCCAACUGGAGCUGAAGAAGUUGCAGAAGCUAAAAGAGUUCAAGCCAACCAUGAGUUUUCCCAUUGUUGUUCAAUCUCUGAGAGAAAAGGAAGAGAACAAGAAAAAAAAGAACGCAUGCCCGGAAAAGAAAAGGCCGUCUCCAGCUUAUGUCUUGUGGUGCAAGGACCAGUGGAAUGAGGCCAAGAAAAAUAACCCAGACGCGGAUUUCAAAGAGAUCUCGAACAUAUUGGGCGCUAAAUGGAAGAACCUCAGCUCAGAAGAGAAAAAGCCCUACGAGGAACGGUACCAGGCUGACAAGGAAGCUUAUCUACAGAUAAUCGGUAAGGAGAAGCGCGAGAAUGAAGCAAUGAAGCUUCUCGAGGAUGAACAGAAACAGAAAACGGCAAUGGAGUUGCUCGAGCAAUAUCUUCAGUUCAAACAGGAGUUGGAUAAAGAGAACAACAAAGCAAAGAAAGAACGCGAUCCACUGAAGCCCAAAAAGCCUCUCUCAGCCUUCUUCAUUUUCUCAAAGGAGCGAAGGGAAACUCUGCUCGCAGAGAACACCAACAUUCUGGAGAUUGCGAAGAUUGCUGGAGAGGAGUGGAAGAACAUGACGGAAGAACAGCGAGGACCUUAUGAAAAGAUUGCAAAGGAGCAGAAGGAAGAAUAUCUGCGACAAAUGGAGCUUUACAAACAGAGGAAGGAGGAGGAAGCUGAAGCUCUUAAACAGGAAGAGGAGGAGCAGAUGAAAAUUCAGAAACAUGAGGCACUGCAGCUACUGAAGAAGAAAGAGAAAACAGAAAAUUUGAUCAAGAAAACAAAAGAAAACCGACAGAAGAAAAAGAAACAAAAAGAAGAACAGAAUGGGGACCCCAACAAGCCAAAGAAACCAGCUUCGUCAUUCCUUCUCUUCAGCAAAGAAGCGAGGAAGAAUUUGUUACAGGAAAGACCGGGCAUUAACAAUUCUACCCUUAAUGCUCUGAUUUCAGUGAAAUGGAAGGAAUUUAGUGAAGCUGAUAAACAGAUAUGGAAUGCUAAAGCAGCAGAGGCCAUGGAGGCUUACAAAAAGGAACUGGAAGAAUACAACAAAUCUAGAGCAGCAACCAUUGAUUCAGAGCCACAAAAAUGAAAGCCCAUAGGAGUUUCUCAUCAUGUUCAAGUGAUUACACGUUGAACAAGUAGUCUGCUUUUGAUUUGUUUUGGUUGUUUUUGAGAAAAAAGCAAUUUUCUUUUGAAUCCAUGUACUUGGGAUUAUUCCAAGAGCUUACGUUUCAUCUUUGAAACUGGUUCCUGGUUAAUAGAAAUACUGGGAUUUCAAAUUGAAAAAUAUUCCUACUUC